GAGGGGGUCGAGGCCCCUGCAAUCCGUGGCCCCUCGUGGCCCGCCAUCGUGAACUGUGCAAGGCUGUUUAGGGCACUCUGCCGCAAGGGUGCCAAAGUCUUUCUGUGCUUGGUUUCCCCCGACCUCACUCGGAGUUCCCGGGGACGCCCCACCCUCGGUUCAACGCGCUGCGCUUCCUCUACCUCUGGGCAACCGUGGCCACGCACCACACCGAGCACUGCGACUUCUUCAUGAAAGCAGACAUGGACGCGUACGUGAACGUGCCUGCGUUGCUGCACAAGUUGCAAGGGUUCAACGCUUCCGAGACAGUUUACGCUGGCAUGCUGGUUCACGCGCACGGCCCCGGCUAUGAGCAGUGGAACCAGUUCGCCCACGGCGGCGGAGGCUACGUCCUCAGCCGCGGCGCCCUGGUCGCCGCCCGCGGGAGGCUGCUCGUCUGCUUGGAGCAGGUCGCGACGGUGCGCCUGGAGACGAUCGAGGACAUGGCGCUGGCCGCGUGCUUGAGGAAGGUCACCAGUGUCCGGCACGCGCUCCUUAUGUUGCUCUGCAGAUUGUUGCCCAGAUCUCUUUAUCACCUAAUUGUUGCGUUGAUUGCCAUGCGAGUCAACAGAGGCCCCCGUCAGUCAGAGUGAGGAGGCCGAAAGGUCAUUCUCUGUCCCUGGGCGCGUGGCUGAAGUGAGGUUCUGCGGUGCGGAUUGUUGUUGUUGUUGUUCCCCAUAUCCUAAGGAUUGGGGUUCUUGUUAUUACUCUGACG